AUGGGUCAGAUGCAAGCGAUGCAGAGUCAGAUAAGUCAGAUUGCAAUAUCAAUCAGCCGUCUAGAGUAUCAAGUAAACGGAAAAUUGCCAUCCCAACCUGAACUGAACCUGAAGAACGUAAGUGCAAUGACCUUAAGGAACGAGAAAGAAAUUCAAAGGCUCGAACUCGCGACUCCAAAGGACAAGGAUGAGGAAAAGAUUGAGAAAGAACUUGAGGAGGAGGACAGAAAUCGUAAAGAUCCAAUGGUACUCCCCGAACCAAUCAUUGAAGUUAAAACUAAUCCACCUCCUUUUCCUAUCAGGUUGGAGAGACCGAAAAAACAGGACAAGGAGAAAGAGAUCUUGGAUGUAUUCCGCAAGGUAGAGAUCAACAUUCCCCUACUAGACGCAAUCAAACAAGUGCCGAAAUAUGCAAAAUUUUUGAGGAACUUGUGCAUCAAUCGAAAGAGGUUGAGGGGAGAUGAGAGAGUCAUUGUGGGAGAGAACGUGUCUGCAGUUCUACAAAGGAAUCUCCCACCGAAGUGCGGGGAUCCAGGUAGGUUUACUGUCCCAUAUAGGAUAGGUAAUACUUUGAUUAGAAAUACCAUGCUGGACUUAGGAGUAUCAAUCAACGUAAUGCCUAAAUUUAUGUAUGCUUCUCUGAACCUAGUUCCAUUAAAAGAAACUGAGAUAAUAAUUCAACUAGCUGACCAAACAAAUGCAUACCCUGAUGGGUUGGUCGAGAAUGUGUUGGUUAAAGUUAAUGAAUUGAUAUUCCCAACUGAUUUUUAUGUACUUGACAUGGAUGAUGACCAUUCUCCCGACCCCUCGCUUUUGCUAUUAGGUAGGCCUUUUUUAGUACAACCCAGACAAAAAUUGAUGUUCAUAAAGGUACCUUGUCUAUGA